AUGGAAGUUUCUCUAAACCAGCCAGCAUCUAAUAAAACCAGUGAAAAGAGCAACAACUCUGCAUUUUUCUAUUUUGAAUCCUGUCAACCCCCUUCUGCAGCCUUACUCUUACUACUCGUAGCCUAUACUGUGGUCUUGAUCCUGGGCCUUUUUGGAAACCUGUCUCUCAUCAUCAUUAUCUUUAAGAAACAGAGAGAAGCUCAAAACGUAACCAACAUACUGAUUGCCAACCUCUCUUUCUCUGACAUAUUGGUGUGUGUCAUGUGCAUCCCCUUUACAGUCAUCUACACUUUGAUGGACCACUGGAUAUUUGGAAAUACCAUGUGCAAACUCACUUCCUAUGUGCAGAGUGUCUCCAUCUCUGUAUCCAUAUUCUCCCUUGUAUUAAUUGCUAUUGAAAGGUAUCAGCUUAUUGUGAAUCCCCGUGGCUGGAAACCAAGGAUAUUUCAUGCCUACUGGGGCAUCACACUCAUUUGGUUCAUUUCCCUUCUGUUGUCUAUUCCCUUGUUUCUGUCCUAUCACCUCACCAAUGAACCCUUUCAAAACCUUUCCCUCCCCACUGAUGUCUACACCCACCGGGUGGCCUGUGUCGAGAACUGGCCCUCCAAAACGAACCAGCUCCUCUUCUCCACCUCCUUGUUUAUUCUCCAGUACUUUGUACCUCUGGGCUUCAUCCUCAUCUGUUAUCUGAAGAUUGUCAUCUGCCUCCGCAAGAGAAACAGGAAGGUAGACAGAAAGAAGCAAAAGGAGAGCCAGCUCAGUGAGAACAAGAGGAUCAACACCAUGUUGAUUUCCAUCGUGGUGACCUUUGGAGCAUGCUGGCUGCCUCUGAAUAUCUUCAAUGUCAUCUUUGACUGGUAUCAUGAGGUGCUGAUGGGCUGCCACCAUGAUCUGGUAUUUGUAGUUUGCCACUUGGUUGCUAUGGUUUCUACAUGCAUAAACCCUCUCUUUUAUGGCUUUCUUAACAAAAAUUUCCAGAAGGACCUGAUGAUACUCAUUCACCAUUGUUGGUGCUUUGCACCUCAGGAAAGAUAUGAAAAUAUUGCCAUGUCCAGUACGCACACAGAUGAAUCCAAGGGGUCUUUAAGACUGGCUCGCAUAUCAACAGGUAUAUAA